AUGUCAGACAUCCAUGCUAAAGAAGAACCAGGUACUGAAGUUAAACCAGAAGGAGCCUCUGAUCAAAUCAAUGUUAGAGUUUUAAAUCAACAAAACCAAGAAACCUUUUUUAAAAUCAAAAAAACAACUAAACUUGGUAAAUUAAUGGAAACUUAUUGUCAAAGAAACGGAUUAAAGAGAGAAAACGUUAGAUUUAAAUAUGAUGGUCAAGGUAUUAAUGAAAACAGCACACCUUCAGACAUUGAACUCGAAGAUGGAGGCAUCAUUGAUGUCUUUUUAGCUCAGACAGGAGGUUCUUUUUAA